UGUGAAGUAAUCGGGCACUUCAGAACUUGACUGUCAGAGAAAGAGCCUCUGUGUGUGUGUGUUGACAACUUGUCACUUGUCUUAUUACACAGCAACCUGUCAUCACUUCGUCAUUUUCUAGUGAUAUCAAGGAUUGUGAGCACAUCAUCAUCAUCAUCUAUCUCUAGCUAGCUACCCGACUCUACUACACUGCAUUGUACAUCUCCUCAGAUGGGCGAUAUCUAACUUGAUUCAUUUCAUCUUGAAGCGCCUUCUUCACUUCUUGAAAUCUCCGAGUACAUCAGUUGCUCUUCAAACUUUAUGUUAUUAUCCCAUUGGGACCUUCGAAGGUUGUGGACAUUCAGUUUGAUGUGGUCACUUUAUGAGAGCAUGGACCUAUGAUGAGAGAAUGAAGGGCGAACUCCUCUGAGCUGAGCUAUGCAUUUUGAACUUGACACGCUUGAUAUCGCCAUUUUCAUCAAACUUCAAGUCGGAAUUGAAUUUUGUUUGAUAAAAACUUUUGGAGUUGUCCCCCGGUCGGUUCAAGUUCAGAGUUUUUGAUAAUCACGGUCACUAAGUUCGAACUCAAGUACAUGCUGUACACCGUAUUGUUUAUGACAACUGCCCUGGCUUUGGGGAUAAGAAUUUGCUUGCUGCCCGAGUGGUCUCUCCGUGAAUGAGAUUGUGAUGACGAAAUUCUUCUUCGUACGUUGAUAACCAAGGACAUAAUAUACCUGCAGAUUCCAUGAAGAUGGAUCGCCUCUUGCUUUUACCAGUUUUCAUCAUUUACAUGCAAGUUCUUCUAACUUUCCAAUCAGAAGCACAAUCUUCGAGCCGAUCUAGCAGGCGACCAGGGUUUCUUAAUGGACGUCGAGGCGAGAUGGAUGAUAACCUCGACCUCUCCGUAGUCGUAGAGCGUCGUCCACCUACCGACAACCGAAGACCUGGUCAUCGUGAUGUGGCCUUAGCAAGCUUGGAGAUCCUUGUAGCCGGACAACGGACGAAAAAACCAACAACGCCAGCACCUAAACAAGUUACCCGUCGCCCCCUUCCUGUGUGUCGGAACGGUGGUAUCCGACUACUGGGUAGUUUCUGCUACUGCACCUCCAAGUUCAUGGGUCGGUACUGUGAGAUCUACCGGUACAACAGCAGCUGCGGACGUGUACCGCACGGCAGAUGGGUGUACCUGAACUGCAAUAGCUGCCAUUGCGUGGCCGGUGUUCUCAAAUGCCAACCCCAUGUGAUGCCCGGUUGUGAUAUUCAAUCAGAAGUGUCGACCACGGUGUCUCAACCAAAUGACGACGACGAUGAACUCGUGGCGUUCGAGUACAACAGCGCCACCAGGCGGUCAUAUCAUACCAGGGUAGUUGCCCUGUCGCUGAUGAUGGCAGGCUUGUUGUGUCGGAUCCUUAUCAGCAUACCAGAUAGAUAGCACACCAUAUAAACUUUUAGAGAGGAUAUUGUAAAUAGAUGUACAUAGAGAUGAUUUAUUUUAAGACAAGUUAUUUUAUCGUAUCCUAUAGUACCGUGUUCAAACCUGUGAUGUCUGCUCUCAAUACCUCUUUCAUGAAAGUUGUCAUCACUGACAAGUUUGCUUUCUCCGACAGUUACCACAGUAACAGUCAGAGGCAAGUGCUUCACAGCCAAUAAAAACCAAGGAUUUCACUGAAAUUGUCAGCACCGAUAAUUUAUAAGUCAGUGCUGACAGCUUUCAUGAACCCCCCUAGUCUUUUCUUUCCCCGCGCUGUCUUUUUUUUUUCUCUCUCCUCUCUCCCCUUUCUCCCUCUCCCCCUCUCACCUCUCUCCAUCUUUCCUUUCUCUCGCCUCUCUAUAUUAUUCUUUAUUCUCUCUUCCACCCUUCAUUCAGAGCCAACCAUCAACUAUACGCCACGAACUGCUUUUCUCUCUUUUCCCUCUUUCCUUCUGUUUACCUCUCUUCAUUCUGUUUCAAUCCCUGUUUUCUCUCUUUCACGCACUCUCCUUUACUCCCCUUCUCCAUCCCCAUACCAUCUUUGCCAGUGGGUCAAAGAUUCAUUUUGAUUUUGUACAUCUAGUUCCAUCUAUUUGCCUUGAUCUCGGAAGAGACGUGACAUCAAAUUUCCCGUUCCGUCCAAACUGAUGUACACGAAUUUAUGUGAAGCAGUACUCCGCUUAUUUAUUGCCUUUCGUGUUUUUCUACCCUUGGUACAUGAAGUUCAUGAAAACUUGAGUUAUUCAAUGUUCUUCAGCAGAAUUUAAAUCAAUGCAUUUUGCUUUUUCGAAGUUUAUUUUUACUUAAGAAUUGCAAAAAAGUACUCUAUUAGUAUUGGUUAAAGUUACAUCUUUUUAAAUUCAAGCGCAAGAAAUUGUGUUAAUAUGAAUGUUGGUUGUUCAUACUUAAGCGAAGUCGUUUUUUUUUCUAGAAAAGCAUGAAAAUAUAUGUUCUGAUGAAAAUUUUAUGUGAAUCUAUAUCUCAAGUGAAAAAUAUUUAUUUUCAUUGCAUGACAAUCGUUGUUUUUUAUGUAUUUCUCGCUGUGGGGCACAGCUUGUGAUUUGAUGUCAUCAAGUCUUACCUUGAUUCAACUCCUAUAUUGAAAACCUAAAUGAAUGGUAUUAGAAGUAGGGGCGGCAUUAAAAAUCAGGGGGCUGCGAUGAUUUUCUUUUCAACAGAUGACAAAAAACCAACAACAACAAACGAACAAGAAACGGAUGAAAAAGUGGAGAAAAGAAAAGAAAGAUGACUUAUCGUGUAAUUACGAAAUACAUUGCUUGUUAUUCAACAAUUGAGACCCCCUUCUGCCCCCUAUAUUUAAAUGCCGUGAUGCCGCCCCUAAUUUUAGAU